AAAUAAAAUUUUACAGUAUAAAGCUCAUAGUGUUAUAUUUGGCAACUCAUUGGCAUGGAUAUCAACCAAUAAUGUGGAUUUAUUAACUUGGUGGAAAGGUAAUUUUGGAGCUGUAGCACAUGAAUUAACAAAAGUCGCGGCAAGAGUUCUUUCUAUUCCUAUCUCAUCAGCUGCAGCAGAAAGGAAUUGGUCUACAUUUUCUUAUAUACAUGAUAAAAAACGAAAUAAAUUGACAAAUGAUCGCGUGUUUAAAUUAGUUUAUAAUUGA